GCCGUCGCAUACACGGAAUAUGCGGCGGCCUUAAGCGGUAGAUAUUAUGAUAUUUCUUAGGUCACCAGUCGGUAACCACUGCGGUCCAUACGGAAAAUCGUUAUCACAAAUUGCUAGAAUGAAAUUGCUAGUUUCACACUCGUAUAGAUUAGGCGAGACCACAGCCUUAGCUAAUAGAUUAUUAAUUAAUAAUUAUUUCAUAAUAUUAAAUGGAAACCAAUACUUCAUUAUAAUUUAUACUACCGUUUUUUGGUACAGCUACUUUUUUUCUAGUUAAAUUUCGUUUUAAGAUAGGUAAAUUUAUUUACUGAUAAACAUGACAUUGUAUCAUUUUGGAAAUUGUGUUGCGUUGCUGUACGUGCCAUAUUACUUGACAUAUAAAUAUUCAAAUUUAUCUGAGUAUGGCGCAUUUUGGAAAUGCAUACAAGGAGGAAUAAUAUAUGCAUUUACUCAACUGUGUAAAAUGCUUAUUCUAGCGACAUUCUUUCCAGCCAAUGAAUCAGCAACCAGCAUCUUAAGUUUAGCUAAUUUAUUCAAGACUUCAGUUGAUCUAGCAGACCUCGCUGGAAUAUUUUUUAUACUGCAGAGUAUACCCGGCAAAGAACAUGCAAAAGUAGUUACUGCUGGUAUCGGCUGGGCUGGUGCAGAGAUCUUGUUAACAAGAUUUCUUCUAUUGUGGGUGGAUGCAAGAGGUACCGAAUUUGAUUGGAUAUAUACACAAAAGUGUUUAGAAUCAAACAUAAAUUUGAUGCAUCACAUAAUGACUGCUGCAUUAGUAUGGCUUUGGUCUAGACACGAUUUAUCCAAAUUGCAAUCGAUUGUUUCUCCAGUUGUUGCCGUGGCCAUACUUCUAUUGUUGUCUGUUUAUCGUACAGCUGCUAUCGAUUUACUGGGUGUCUGGGUUACAUUUGACGCUUGGUCAAUUAUCGCUAUCAAAGCCAUUUAUACUUUAUCGCUUAGUCUAGUUGUACUAAAAUAUUAUACUGAUCUCUCUACAUUAAUUGGAAUGUAUUAAUUAAAAACCGGUUUACUGAUAAAUAUGUACAUUUAAGGAUGUUUUGUAAAAUAAAAAAGGUAUUUGUAAAA